AUGGACGGCGGUCACGGCGAGGGGAACGCGGGGGGAGAGGGAUCUGGGCGCGGAGCACGGGGAAGGGGUGGUCGGGGGGGAUCUCGCGGAUCUGGGGGAAGGGGAGGUGGAUUCGGCGGAAGGAGCGGGGGGUCUGGCGGAAGGCGUGGGGGAUUCGGACAUGGACAUGGGGGAGAAGAGGCGGGGGCAGGCAGGGGAGAUGGCGGGAGAGGAGACCGGGGGAUGGGCCGAGGGAGGGGGAGAGGCGGACAGGAAGGGAUCAACGGGCAGUCAGGAACCCAAACUUCAUCUGCUAAGAACGACACGCAGCUGCCUGCAUCGACGGCUGCUGAUACGAGUGCGGGGGUUCCUGAAUCCGCCGUUAUAAUCAACCCCGCUACUGUGACGACGCGUGAAACAGCGUCGUCCAUCAUCGCUACGGCGAAACGAGUCGUCGUGGUCACCUCGGGAGGAUCGGGAUUGCGCGCUGAUGGUAUCGCGGAAGCUGCAGAGGAUGACAAGGCGGCGCGGAAGAAGAAAAAUAAAAAAGAGAAGAAGGAGAUGAAGAAGAUACAGGCGAAGCAGGCGGAGGAAGCAGCCGGAGUAGCGAAAGAAGCAAUUGAGCAGCAGGCGCGAGCCGCGGAAGCUGAAAGGCCAGCUGUACUGGCUGAAUCGACGGACGCUGCAGAGGAGGACAAGGCGGCGACUCCUAAGGCGCCUCGAAAGGCUGAAUUUCAGGAAGCUGCAGAGGAGCAUACUAAGGCGGCGACUUUUAUGACGCCUCAAAAGGCUGAAUCUGCGGAAGCUGCAGAGGAGGAUAAGGCGGCGCGGAAGAGGAAGAAAAGAGAGAGGCAGAAAGAGAAGAAGGAGAUGAUGAAGAUGCAGGAGAAGCAGGCGGAGGAAGCAGCAACAGUAGCGAAAGACGCAAUUGAAACUAAGCCGCCUCAGAAGGCUGAAACCUCGGAAGCUGCAGAGGAGGACAAGGCGGCACGGAAGAAGGAGAAGAAGAGAGAGAAGAAGGAGAAGAAGAUGCUCGAGAAGCAGGCAAAGGAAGCAGCCAGGGUAGGGAAGGAAGUUUCCGAUGCGGCUACACCGUUCAAACCAGAGUCAAUUCCGUCCAAAUCAGAGUCGAUUCCGUCAGUAUCAGAACCGGUUCAGUCAAAUCCAGAGCUGAUUUCGUCAAAGCAGGCUCCUGGAGCUGGAAACUCGACGGAUCCAGUGGCGCACGCAGGGGAGGGGCAAAAUGAGGUCGAGAGGAAGGAAAAGGAGAAGCAGGAGAAGAAGAAGCAGAAGAGGGAGAGGCAGAAGGAGAAGAAGCAGCAGCAGCAGCAGCAGCAGGGAGCGAGUGGAAGUAGGACUGACAGGCAGCAGAGAGGUGGCGGUGCUGGUCCCUCGAUCAAGCAUGGCUGGGAUGGGACUGGUUUAGGGUUUAAUACUCCCCCACCUAGUGGUUGGGGGGACGCAGCAUCCGUGAGUGCAGAGGGAGGCUCUGUGAGUGGAGGGGGAGGCCCGGUGGCUUCUGAUUCGGUUCAAAACGCAUCUCAGUGGGGUGGGGUGAUUCAACCCAAAAGUCAUCUGUCUCGGUUGAGUGGGGUUCUGUGGCGCCCAGAUGGCACAGUCUUUGCUGCAUCGUUCAGGGUCAACGCGCGGAACCGAUUUGAGGCAUAUGUGACUAUAGAGGGAGUUCCUCGGGACGUCCUUAUAUUCGGCCUCAAGGCACAGAACCGAGCAGUUGAGGGCGACACAGUCGCAGUGGAGGUAGAUCCACCGUCGUCGGAACCCGGCAAUCCAAAUGCUACACAGGAAGGCAAUUUGGUGCAAGGUAGUACGGUGGAAGAGGGGCGAGGAUCAGGGGUGAGAGGAGGGGCAGGAGGGAGGGGAGGAGGGGAGAGGGAGGAGGGGAGUAGACAAGGGGGGAAGGCGGAGGCGGUAGAUAGGCUGGCACGGACAGUGAGGGGGAACCCGGAUCUGCGGCUCACAGGGCGUGUGGUGGCGAUUGUUCAUUGGUCGGCGCGGAGAGAGGCGGUGGUGGGGCGUCUGGAGCUGCUGCCGGCGGCUGGGGCGCAGAUUGAGAAGGAGAGGCAGAGGCAGCGGGCUGUGGAGAGGAAGAAGCGAGUGGGGGGGAAGCAGCAGCGGAAGCAGCAGAAACAGCAGAAGCAUCAAGAGCAACAGUUGCCAAAGGAGGGGAACAUGAAGGGUGAUGCGAGUGGGGAUCAUAGCGGUGGGGAUGAGAUUGAAGAGGGGGAGGUAAUAGGGGAAGAGGAAGAGGGGGAGGUGGUUAGGGAGGAGGGGGAAGUGGUUUAG